GUAGUAUGCUCUUUCUAGCGCUGGAGUCGCACUGAGCACGCACGCUUUCUGUACGGCUAGAACACACUGAUUUUCUGUCUGUUCUCGACAAUACAUAUAGGCAUAGACAACUCUUCAGCCUUAUAGCCUAUCUGUUACUUAGAACGCAGUUGUAAUCGUGUUUAAUCAUGACGGAGAAGAAAAGCGAGAUUAACGGGCACGCUGUGUCCGAGACCGUUAUUCCAGCCGUCUCUGUAAAAUCAGAGAAGAUGAAUUGCAAAGAGAAGUUCAUGUCGUUUUUACGCAGGAAUCUGGUAGUGAUCCUGACGGUGUCCGGGGUGCUUGUGGGCGUCGGGCUCGGCGUAAUGGUCCGCAGAAUGAACCUGACACGAGCGCAGAUGACUUACUUCGCGUUUCCCGGCGAGAUGCUGCUGAGGAUGCUGAAGAUGAUCAUCCUGCCUCUCGUGGUGUGCAGCCUAAUCUCAGGCGCUGCCAGCCUCGACACUCGCUCUCUGGGCAAACUCGGAGGGAUCGCCGUGUCCUACUUUUUGGUCACCACGCUCAUAGCCUCGUCCAUUGGCGUCGCCCUGGCUUUCCUCAUCAAGCCCGGGGUUGGCGCUGGAGCGCUCAACACCAACAGCCUGGCGCUGGAGAGCGUCAGCAACAACAAGGAGACCGCCGACUCGUUCUUAGAUCUAGCGAGAAAUCUGUUUCCAGCUAACCUGGUAGCUGCAGCUUUCCGCUCAUAUGUUACAGACUACAAGAUGAUUGCAGUGGGAAACACAACAAAUGGGACUCUCCUCUAUCAAAAGGUGCCAGUGGGAACAGAAGCAGAUGGGAUGAACAUUCUUGGCCUGGUUCUGUUUGCCAUGGUGUUUGGAGUGGCCUUGAGAAAGCUCGGAGCUGAAGGAGAGGAGCUCAUACGUUUCUUUAACGCCUUCAAUGAAGCCACUAUGGUACUGGUAUCUUGGAUCAUGUGGUAUGUACCAGUUGGCAUCAUGUUCCUAGUAGGCAGUAAGAUUGUGGAGAUGGAGGAUGUGGUUCUGCUUGUCACCAGCUUAGGAAAAUACAUCUUUGCCUCAAUCCUGGGCCAUAUUAUCCAUGGCGGCAUUGUUUUACCUCUUAUCUACUUUGGGCUCACCCGCAAAAACCCCUUCAGCUUCCUCUCUGGCCUGAUCACACCUUUCACCACAGCCUUUGCUACUUGUUCCAGCUCAGCAACACUGCCCUCCAUGAUUAAAUGUGUUGAGGAGAACAAUGGUGUGGACAAAAGGAUCAGCCGUUUUAUCCUGCCAAUCGGAGCUACUGUAAACAUGGAUGGAGCCGCUAUCUUCCAGUGCAUCGCUGCCGUAUUCAUUGCCCAACUUAACAAUGUCGAGCUCAAUGCAGGCCAGAUCUUCACUAUUCUUGUGACAGCUACAGCAUCCAGUGUUGGAGCGGCGGGCAUUCCAGCUGGGGGAAUCAUCACCAUUGCGAUCAUUUUGGAAGCCAUUGGCCUGCCUACCAAUGAUCUGUCACUAAUGCUGGCUGUGGACUGGAUUGUGGACCGUACCACCACUGUGGUAAAUGUAGAAGGUGAUGCUCUGGGUGCUGGGAUCUUGCACCAUAUAAAUGAGCAGGAGACAAAAAAGCAAAAACAUUCUGACAGGCAGCAGGAAGAGGAGGAGCUAAAGGAGGUUAAAGUGGAAGCCGUGGCUAAUGUCCAGGCUGAAGAGGAGACUUCGCCUCUUGUCACACACCAAAAGCUGGGCGAUGACUACCUAUAUAACUCUGCUGAUGAAAAGGAUGGCGUGGAGUCCACAUUCUAAACUUACUGUCUUCUAACCACUGAAAGCAGUUUAUCAAUUCAAAGCAUUUCCAAACUCAAUCCUUGCUUACUCCUCUAAAAUCUGGGAAUACGGGCCGUAUCUCCCGUCUACAAGUUAUGAAACUUACUGUAUAUUUGUUUUGUGGUAUUAGCACAGUAGAAUGGAUGAGAUAGUGAAGUGAUCAGAAAUGAUCAAAAUUUCCAUUUUUGACAUGUCUAAAAUGGAGACUAUUCCCGUAGUUGUUAAAGAUAGUGAAGAGAAUCAUUUACAGACUGACCUCUUUCACUGGCUCUAUUUAUUUGCUGUAUCUUUACUUCACCUGUGAAACAUUAACCAUUUCGAAGAUGGAUAAGAAAACAAGUACUGUAAAUAUUUGUUUCCCUAAUGGCUUAAUGUCUUAUCACAGGCCAGUUGAGUCCCAGUCUAGGGACACUGAGAUUUGAUGGGGACUGCAUUGCAAAGUGACUAUCUGACUAUGCCUUCUGGUCAGUGAUUUCACUAGUUUCUGGGAAAAUAGGCAUAAUAAUAAGAAAAGCAUCAUUGGAUAUACUCCAGGGGCAUUUAUGUCCAGUUUCUCAUGGGUGUCACAGAAACGCUUCUGUAGUAAGAUACUGUAGUGACACCCAGUGUUAUAAAUGUGAAAGUACUGUCAUUCUCAGUAAACUUUUCCUUAUGUUCAGAUGUUACAGUUCACUUAAACAUUCAGUAGACCACUAAUAGACAAAAUGAAAUCUAUGUUGUUCGUUUAAAUUUCAGUAUUGAUUUGCAACUAAAUGUGAGGUAAUUAAGUAUAAAGGGCCAUUAAACUAUGGAUUUUGAAUGUAUUGAGAAUUAUGCCUGCUAGGUAAACACAUGAUUUUACAUAAUUUCUUAUAAUUUUGUUACUUUUAUACAAAAUUUGUUAAACAUAUUUAUCUUAAUCAGGAUGCUAUAAGCAUUGGCUGCCAAAUUGGUAAAGAGUGCUAUUGGCUGGUUUAACAAGUUAAUACCACUGUAUGUGUUAAUAAUAUUACCGGUACGUACGAUAAUACACCAUUCAAUCUUAAAACUAUGACUUAACUCUGUAACUACUACUGAUCUCUCUCAGCUGUGAUAUGUUUAUGUCAUUAAAUCAAGAGCAAAGUG